ACGGGAGCUCUUUGGGUCAGAGUAUUCUUGUCCUGAAAGGAAACUGUCCCAGCUGGAAGGAAUGAGGCAUCAGUGAUGUAGAUAUGCGUUGUAGUACACUAAUGCCGCCACACAUCAGAGCUGAACUGACCUGUAUGGCAUUUAGGGGUGUAUGACUAAUAUUGUUGUCACAGUGUUCAUUAUAUAUUUUUAAGAACACUUCAUUGUCAUAACUUGGCAAUAAUAGAAAAUUGAUUUCAGUCCGAUUUUUCUUUUCUGACUAGGUUCCUAGGACACAAAGAAGCAGAUGCUUUGAUAUUUAUGGGACAUGGGACUGAUUUUUUUGUUAAACGGAGAAUGGGUUAUGCAGAUAUCUGUUCAUAAUCUGCAAUCCUGGUCUAUGGGAGUUCUGCAGUGUGGUACAGUAGGUCAUACAGGACUGAAAGCAUUGAAAAAAACAUGGGAAGGAGAUAUUUGCAGUAGCUUAUCACACUGCAUACCAAUAAUAACAAAGCAAAGGUGUUUUAUGUCGUAGCUGUUUGUUACAUACGAAUUAAUCUUAUUUAUUUAUUAAGUUUCACUGGUUUGUUUGUACUUUACAUAUUCCUGGGGGACGUUCGUACAGUAGUCUGCUAUUUUUAAUAUCUAAUCUAUAACGGCAGUCUGUAUUUUUUCAGUGAUAAUCUUAUGAAAAUGUAGAGUAUUCACCAGGUUAAUAACUGCAGUUUUUUUCCUCUGUCAUAUCUUGGAAAACAUGAACAGUAUUAAGCCACUGCAAAGAGAUUGAUACAGAGCGUUUUACCACAAUUAUCCUCUCGAGUGUCGCCGUCAGCUGGUAAUGACCAAACCUCUCAUGCUCAGCCGGCCAAAUAUUACUUUCAACAAGCUCCCUCUGUUCUUGUUUUCCUAUUGUGCAUCUCAGACAAGUGACACUUCAAAAACGUAUGACUGGACCGGGUCCAUGGGUACAUCAGUGAUUUGCUCUGGUAUAAUGAGUCCUGGCGGGAUGCCAGUUUCACACACCUGCUGUGCCUUGUGGUUAGGAUGGGGAUGUCAUUGUUAGGGGAAAUGCUACUUAACUUAACUGCACUGUCUUUUCUUCAGGGGGAAACAGGCUCUCUGUCUUUGGAGUGAAUCUGCUUUACAUUAAUACAUAUCCAUACUUUUAAUUGUGCUAUUUAUGGUUUUUAUGUAUUGUAUGUUUUUAUUGGACUCAAUGCCUGUUUUUAGAUUAUAGUGCUUUUUUACAGGACAUUCAUGCUAUCCCAUGUUUUCAGAAUGACAAUAAACCUUGAAUUCUGAAUCUUGAAGUUUAGUUCAUUCAAUGCUCUGCUGCCAUCUCUGGCCUCUCCCAUGCAUCUGGGAUGGAUCCAGAGGUUUAGGGAUAGCAUGCACUCUAAAGGGAGGAGAUCUGAGCCCAUUCUAGAAAAGUGGGACGGAUUCUGGAGUUUAGAAGUUUAGAAACAGAGAACACCAAGAUUUCUGACUUUUCAGAAGCUGUCCGGAGUGACGGUGAAGCAUUGGCUGUAAUGUGGAUUAUCGCUAUCUUUGGUGGUUUAAACUAAUUAUAUGUUUAUUUUGAAUCACUCUGUAUCUUGUGGAAUAGUAGCAUUAGAAUGUGACAUUUUCUCCUGUCUUGUCCCCAGCACUUUACACUGAGCACUGUCCUUCUUGCUGAAAUCUUGCUUUUGUGCCAUCGGUUUUUGAUGUCCUUGGGCAUGAUGUCUGAUCAAAGGAAUUCUGGGAAAUAACUUCAUGUCUGCCUUAAAGUCUUGACAAGAAUGAUAAAUGAGCCACCUGGGAGGUCAGCAUUUGUGAGGCAUCAGUUUCAUGUUUGUUUUUCCCUGUUUUUUCCAGCACCUUGUUUCUGCAUCUUUAUUUGGUUUUUGUUUGCCCAGCGCAAUCCUGUCUGGUUUAACCGUAACACAUAAUGAACCGUGAUCCUCACUGACAAGCCCCUGUGGCACCUGAUUCUGCUCUCUGUCACUCCUGGGGACCGACUCCCAAAGUGUUGCAUGUUAAAUUGAGAAUGUAUGUCUGGAAUAUCCUUGUUGUUCCAACAUGCUUUAGGUUCAAAGGUCUGUCAUGCUUUGGAGUCAUUGCUGCUGUACUGGCAAUGAAAACAGACCACAAAUUAGCUGUUAUGUUAAUCUGUCCAUUAUUGUUAGAAGAAAAAAAAAACAUCCAGGAAUUUGAUAUCAAGUGACAAGCCAUAACAUUUAAAUGACAUGACAAACUUUUCAAUUUAUCACGGUGCUUUUUUCCACUUUUAGGGAUACAUUCCUGUGACAUAUUCAAACAAAGCAAUCCUCACAAUGUAUAUGACUGUGAUAAUUAGAUUGUAAUCGAGUUUCAGCCAAUAGGGGAAGAUGAGGGGUCCUUGUGUGACAGUGAAUCAUAUCCAAGGCUCCAAAGUUCUACCAUCAGGCAGAGUGGUCUGAGGUCACCUUCUGAGGGACUGUGCAUGUCCUUCUCCACUUACUGCUGUGUCACAUUUAUUUUGUGUAAUAACACAUCUGUGAAUUUUUCCUGGAGCAUGGAUGGAUGGAUGGAUGGAUGUAUUGUUUUCAUUUGUAGCACCAUCUCCCUGUUCUCUGACCCCCUUUUUAAACAGGCAGCUUGUCAGUCAGCUCUUUCAUGUGAUGUUUGAUGCAUUUAAUUCAUUUUACAAUGGAAGCAGGCAAUUAUUGUCCCCACUUUUCAGAAAGAAUCUUGCCCUUUAGUACAGGCCAAAUCUCAAACCCCAGCUGAAUGGUUCCCACUACAGACUGGGAAGGGGAGAACUGAGACAGUACACCGUUUGACUUGGAGUGCUGAGGUGGCCAUGUAUAACUGGUAGCUUCCAGUAACCCGCAAGAUUAAAUUGUAUCUACUUGUAUCUAAAAUAUACAGCCAUUGUCAUCCAGUUAUAUUGUUCUUAAAGUAGUGAAACUUUUUUUUAUUAUUAUUACUUGUUUCUUUUUUGUUGGUUGGAGUUAUUGUGAAUCAAAUGAAUGUGGCUCCUUCCUGUCUCAUGUUGGGUAUUUCGCUUCUGUGACCUGCGUGGAGAAACGGCUUUGAUUAGGUGCAGCAGAUUCCAGUGGGAGAUUCAAACAGGAUGAAUGCUUUCCAUUCACAAGAUUAAUUUGCGCUUCUUAGGAACUGUCCAUAUUUCAUCCUGAGGUAUGUUCAAACAUUCAAGUUGACCGAUUAAGGCCGAUGCAGCCAAAAGCGUCACCAUUUGUUUUUCUCAGAAAAAUAUGAAUGAAUAUUUAUUGUAUUCUCUCAAGACAAUUGACAGUUACUAAUUGGUUAGUGUUAUGAUCAGAUUUCUGUUCAGAUUUAACAUCUUCAUAAAACAGGACAACUGUUUGGGGGCAGUUAUGUGAAGAAUUUCAAUAGAUUUAAUCUGACCUCUUUCACACCAAAUAUUUGGCGGAAUAGACUUUUUUUCUUUUUGCACUCAUUUCAAGUAAGAAAUAGUAAAUCAUCGCACUUAUCUGUUGAACAUGUUUAGUCUCUUGGCUGACUCUAAACACAUCUCAAAUUAAUUCUUAAGCAAGACUGGAUAUUUCAACUCCCCAUUUUUCGGAAUGAUGAGAAUUUGGCAAGAUGUGUGUUUGGAAAUAACAACUAAUGGCACAUUUUUGUGUAUAGGUAAAAUCAUCACAUGUAAAUAUAAAUGAAAAUCUUUUGGCCAUCAAACGCAAAGAUAAUGUUCCUGCUUUACAAAGUAUGCUAAUUGAUAUUAUGCCACAUUAUUUCAUAUAAUUUUACAUAUUCAUAUUUUAGUAAUAUUUUGAGUCCAAUUUCACAUAAAGCUGUAUUUUAAAAUCUGUGUAUUUCUUGAGUCUUGAGCACUAAACCCCACCCUCCUGUUGUGUUCAUUUAUCUAUUUUUCAGAGUCUUUCAUGGGCUUAUUUCAAGUCUAAGAAUUAUAAUAUUUCUUAGGACGGCUUGGGGGUGACAUCACUUCCUCUCAGCCUCCAAGUUGGGAGCAGUGCCUUGCAUAGAGUUAGGGAGGGGCAUGGCCUAGGGUAAAUUUAGGGAAAAUGCUGGGGGGGUGGCCUCGGUACAUUUCACAUGAACGUUGGUUAUCUUCUCACGAGCCUGAACUGCUGACGAGUUUUAGAUACUGGGUCACGUCCCUGGAACCUUCUCAUAGCAGCAGGUCAUGACCUUUCUUUGCUUUGAAACUGCACUUUCCAGUUCUUAUAAGUGAUUACAUUUUUUUGUAAAACAUCAUGAAAAUACGAAAUUAAAGAUGUUCAGAUGCUCAUUACCCUCAAGACCGAAUGUUUAUCACGUUAUCUUCCACUAACACGUAAAAAUUUCGGUUCCAGUCCAGGACUUCAUCAGGCGUCCAGUUUAUCAGAUACAGUAACAUCAGCCAUUCGACAUGUUGAUUUUAGAAGAAUUUUCAUGGUUUCUCAGUUUAAGUUAGACACCUGCCUCUAGUUGUCUGUACUGCACUCACAUAUUUUGCUCUUGGGAAUAAGAGUGUAUUCUGAUUGGAUAGAUAUUUACUGAACAUAGCUGGAUUGAUGAGUGAAAUGAGGUACCAGAAGGUACCAGAAGGAUCUGAGUGACAGUGAAAGCCUGGAGUGGAGAGUUGUCCUCUAAAUGACCUUCGUACAUCAGAUUGUUUUAUAGAGUGUCGCAGAGAGGAUUUAGCAUCAGAAUCACAUUUGAGGACCCGGUUGAACUCAUGCUGACUUUGGGUGAACGCCUGAUGAAAACUUGCCAUUUCUGUCAACUCAGGGAAUCAUAUUUCAAUUUCAAAAUGUUGCCAGUCUGUCUGAGGAAAGUAAAUUGAGUCCAUUUCUUGUUCAAAGUGAAUUUUGAGUGAAAGCUCGGGAGGGCAUUUCAAGGUUCGAGAGAGUGCGGCGUCUGAUUGUAUUUUCAGGGAGUGACAUUGGGGGUCUCACUACUGACAGCAAAGACUGAUAAGUUUGAUGCUGGGAAGUGGACCUGAUGUUCUGCCGACGAGCAGAGUGGAGUGUGGAUGGAUUUAUUGGAGUCGGGCAGCAAAGAUUUAGCAGACAGAUAAGAUCAGGUCGCACAGUUGAUACGGUGAUUGGCUGUCAACGCUCGUCACCUUGAUGUUCGCAGUAGGGAUGGUGCAUGAGUGAAAUAGGCUAUAUAGUUUACUGCAACGCUGGACAAAAAAUACUUAUAGGUUGUUGCUUAAGUGUUUGUCCUGAGAUGGACAUGUUUUUAUUGUAUUUUAUUGUAUUUUGUAAACUAUCCCAACUAUGCUACUAUCGUCCAUUUUAUUGCAUGUUGCAGAGCUGCAGGGAGUUACACAAAGAAAUGAACAUUUUCAGAGACUAGAGAGGAAAUUCUUGAUUGGUGGAUCAGGUCUAUAUUCUGCCCAGGAAGUAACAAUAAUGCACACUUCUUCCCUAAUACUGUCUUUGUCGUCCUUAGUGGGGCCCAUAUCUCUGGAAUUUAGGCUGAGGCAUUGAGUCGAUGAUUCUGUUUAUGUGGAAUUAUUACCUGCCAGUGUAUUUCUAGCUUUAUGUUGUCUGGUUGUAUUUAAUUGCCUGUUUUAUGACAUUCAUACGCAUUGAAUUAAUUUAUUUAGUGGUUUAUAGGUACAGCCAUAGUCAGCACUGGUGAGACUAUGGCUGAUAUCUUGAUUUCUCAAGUUAUUUCCUAACUAGUGUUUUGAGUGUCUGUCACUCUUUACCUUCAGUGCUUCUUCUUUCAUCCACAGCUGAGAUGUUUCAUCCCCCCUUUCCCCUCCAAUCUGGGUGAUCGCUCAUCUGGGCUGCUGGAUCCAGACUUUGCCUCUUGACACAGCUCUUUUUCAUCAGGUUUGGGUUCCCUGCCUCCUUCAAAGGCUCCCCCCACGUCUUUGCUUAUUUAUUUUCCUGUCUUCUGUGUUAUUCUGAGCCCUCGGCGUGGUGUGCCAAAGGCCGCAACAGUAGCCAGCGACAGAGCAUGGGUUCGAGGGAGGUGUCCAAUGGGGAGGGGCAGUCCGGAUGAUUCAAGGCAGAUUUGCUCCACCCUGCAUCCCGCUGGAUCUCUGCCACGAUCUGGCAGCACAGAUGUUAAUGAAUGCGAGGAGGCCCGCGGUGGCUGCGAGGCCCAGUGUUGCAACACCAUCGGCAGCUUCUACUGCAAGUGCCCCGCCGGUCAGCGACUGAAGGGAGAUGGCAGGACCUGCCAAGACGUCGACGAGUGUCAGGUGCACAACGGUGGCUGCCAGCACAGAUGCGUGAACACGGAUGGUUCAUACUACUGCGAGUGUCACCCGGGAACCCGCCUGCACACAGACGCACGCACCUGUAUUGCUGUUCACUCCUGUGCCAUCAGCAACGGGGGCUGCGAGCAUGACUGCGUGCAGCUGGCUCCCUCCCACUUCCAGUGCCGCUGCAGACAUGGCUACCAGUUGGCUGAAGACGGCAAGCACUGCCGACUGAGGAACCCCUGCGCAAGGAACAAUGGUGGCUGCGCGCACAGAUGCCAUAGCCACAGAGGGCGUGCACGCUGCCAGUGUCACCCUGGGUACAGGCUAGCAGAAGAUGGCAGGAGCUGUGAAGACAUUGACGAGUGCAAUACAGGCCAGGUUACGUGCACCCAUGGCUGCCGCAACACGCCAGGCUCCUUCGUCUGCGUGUGCAACCUGGGGUACGAGCUCGGAGCCGACGGCAAGCAGUGCUACCGCAUUGAGAUGGAGAUCGUCAACAGCUGUGAGACGGGGAACGGCGGCUGUUCUCACCGCUGCCAGCACUCCACCAGCGGACCUGUCUGCGGCUGUAACCAUGGCUACCAGUUAGACGAUGACUUCAAGACCUGUGUGGACCUGGAUGAAUGUGAAGAGAGCAGCUGCUGCAGCCAGGACUGUACCAACUACCCAGGGGGGUAUGAGUGCCACUGUGAAGCUGGAUACCAUCUCAACUCUGACGGCUGUGGCUGCGAUGAUGUGGAUGAGUGUCUCUCUGACGACGGGGGCUGUGAGCACACUUGCCAGAACACUGCCGGGUCGUACCUGUGUUACUGUCACCUAGGACACCGCCUGGAUGAGGACCGGCACAGCUGCAUCCCUCUUGGCGGCCCCGUGGAGGCGCUGACGCAGCGUGUGGCAGUGGAGAGGCCCCCGCCGCGGUUCACGCUGCUUCGUGACUACAGCUGGCUACCGGACACAGAACUGGAGCGGCUUGACGAUUACGAGGAGGGCCUGGGGGAGCUGCGGGCCGAGAGCGCGCUCUCCGAGAUGAUCGUGUGUCUGAAUCACAGCUUCGGCCAUGACUGCAGCCUGACGUGCGAGGACUGUGCCAGCGGUGCCACAUGCAGCCCAGGGGGUGACGGCUGCGACUGUCCCGAGGGCUGGACGGGGCUCAUCUGUAACCAGACCUGCCCCGAGGGCACUUUUGGGAGGAACUGCUCCUUCUCCUGUAAGUGCAGGAACGGUGCCACGUGCGACCCGGUGACGGGGUCAUGUCACUGCCCCCCUGGGGUCACUGGUGACCUGUGUGAGAAUGGGUGCCCAAAGGGUCUCUAUGGGAAGUACUGCAAUAAGAAGUGCAACUGUGCCAACAACGGGCGCUGCCAUCACACCUACGGGGCCUGCCUUUGUGACCCAGGGCUGUACGGCAGGUUCUGUCACUUGCCUUGCCCCAAAUGGACCUUCGGGCCAGGCUGCUCAGAGGAGUGCAAGUGUGUCCAGCAAAACACGCUGGAUUGCAACCGUCGCCAUGGCACCUGCGAGUGCAAACCAGGCUACCAUGGCAACACAUGCAAAGACGAGUGCAGUGCUGGUUUCUAUGGCGCCAGCUGCAAGCGGCGAUGCGAGUGCCCAGCCGGUGUGCCCUGUGGUCAUGUGACCGGCGACUGUCAGCCCCAGUGCCCCAUGGGUCUGCGGGGUGUUCACUGUGACCAGGUCUGUGCCAUGGGGACUUAUGGGAGAGGGUGUACCCAGUCCUGCGAGUGUUCUGGGGCUCCGUGUGACCCUGUGACUGGGCAGUGCCACUGUCCUGCCGGGAGGGAAGGAGAUCAGUGUGAGAAAGAGUGUGAGGAGGGACACUGGGGGCCUGGCUGCCGGGAGCUCUGCCUGGCAUGUGAGAACCAGGCCCUUUGUGACAAACGCAAUGGCACCUGCCAGUGUCUGCCGGGGUACAUGGGCACCCAGUGCCAGCAUGUUUGCCCAGAAGGACGCUUUGGUCACGGCUGCCAGCUGCACUGUGUCUGCCACACUGACAGCCGCUGCCACCACGCCAGCGGGCACUGCGCCUGCGGCCCAGGCUGGACCGGCUCCGACUGCAGGAGAGCCUGUGACUCUGGGCACUGGGGGAAGGACUGCGCCAACCGCUGUGAUUGCGGGACGGGGGACGGCAGCUGCGACGCAGUGACCGGACAGUGUAGCUGCGAGGCCGGGUUCACCGGGGGGCGCUGUGAUCAGAAAUGUCCCGUGGGCUCGUUCGGACCGGGCUGCCGUCAGCGCUGCCAGUGUGACAACGGGGCGGCCUGUGACCCCGUGAGCGGGGCCUGUGCGUGCCUGGGGGGCUGGACCGGCACCUACUGUGAAAAGCCCUGCCCUGCGGGAUUCUACGGGCUCGACUGCCAGCAGAAAUGCGACUGCUUGAACGGCGGCCGCUGCGACCACGUGACCGGAAUGUGCCGCUGCCCUGCCGGCUGGGUGGGCCUGCACUGCGGAAGCCCAUGCCCACCGGGUUUCUAUGGCGACGGCUGUAUCCUACCCUGUAGUUGCCAUAACAAUGCCAGCUGUGAGCCAGUGGCCGGGGAGUGCCAGUGUACAGCCGGCUGGAUGGGGACAAAGUGCCAGCAAGAAUGCCCAGCUGGUCUCUAUGGGUCAGGCUGCCAGCAGCACUGCUUGUGCCAGAACAAGGCAGCGUGUGAUCGGGUUAGCGGCCGCUGCUCGUGCCCCGACGGAUGGACCGGCAUGGCCUGUGAACUGGAGUGUAACGAGGGUCACUUCGGGGCAGACUGCCAACACAAGUGCGAGUGCGAGAACGGGGCGCACUGCGAGCGCAGAAGCGGCCGCUGUUCCUGCCGGCCGGGCUGGCUUGGAGAACGCUGUCAGAGGGCGUGUCCCCCUGGCGCGUUUGGGGCGGGCUGCACGCAGCCGUGCAAGUGUGAGCACAAUGCUACCUGUCACCACAUCACUGGGGCCUGCCUUUGCCCCCCAGGCUGGCGGGGGCCACUAUGUGACAGAGCAUGCUUGCCCGGGACAUACGGGGAGAGCUGCAGGGGGCGCUGCUCCUGUCCACCGGGGACUUCCUGCCACCAUGUGUCCGGCGAGUGUGGCUGCCCCCCUGGUUUCACUGGGAACGGCUGUGAACAGACGUGUCUCCCUGGUACGUAUGGCCUGAACUGUAACCAGGUGUGCCAGUGCUCUGAGGCCAACCAGCUGUGCCACCCUGUCACUGGGCUCUGCUAUUGUGCUCCCGGUUACCAUGGCAAGCGCUGUAACCAAGGAUGCAGGCCGGGGACAUACGGGCCAAACUGCGAGCGCCAGUGCCACUGCCAGAACCGGGGAACCUGUGGGCCCAAAACGGGCACCUGCGUCUGUCUCCCGGGGUUCAUCGGGGCCGACUGCAGCAUUGGCUGCCCAGCAGGACGCUACGGCCCCGACUGUGCCCAGGUGGCGCUGUGCGGCGAUGGGGCGAGUAGCGACCCGGUUACGGGCCGGUGUGUGUGCUCCGCGGGCCGGACAGGUGUGGGAUGUCAACAAGAGUGCACACAGGGCCGGUUUGGGGAGGGCUGCGCCCAGGUCUGUCGCUGCAGGAACGGAGGGAAGUGUGACCCUGUUUCCGGGGCCUGUACCUGCGGGUUGGGCUGGACGGGACACACCUGUGAGACAGAAUGCCCCCCAGGCCGAUACGGCGCCGACUGCCGGCAGCUGUGCGAGUGCCAGAACGGCGGGAUGUGCGACAGAGCGAGCGGCGCCUGCCAGUGCCCGCUGGGUUACUACGGCAACCUCUGCGAGCACGCAUGUCCCUCAGGAUUCCACGGCCCACGCUGCCAGCGGGUUUGUGACUGCCGACACGGCGCCCCCUGUCACCCAAGCACUGGCAAGUGCAUCUGCCCUGCUGGGUAUCAAGGUCCUCGGUGUGACAGGGUGUGCCAGCAAGGCCGAUUUGGUGAGGACUGUACCCACAAGUGCGACUGCGCUGAGUCUGCCCCCUGUGACCCCAUAAACGGCAGCUGCCUGUGCCCCCCUGGCAGGACGGGGGCCAGGUGUGACCUGGAGUGCAUGGCGAACCGCUACGGGCCUGACUGUGCACAGACCUGCGAGUGUGCAAAUGGGGCGGAGUGCAACCCCCGCAAUGGCCGCUGCACCUGUCUGCAUGGCUGGAUAGGACUCACCUGCACGGAAGGUGGACCUCUUCAGCCACCCCCCCAGCCCCAUAACAGCACAGGAGGGAUCCAGUCAUACCAACAGCCACCUGUAUAGCACCCCCUGCUGACCAGAUGGAGUUAGGAACAUCAUCACUGAACUGCAGAGCAAGAAACAGAGGAACACUGCUAGGAAAGAGGCAGCUGGGAUUUAAUGUGAGGCACUGCUUAAGCUGAGGAGAGGUGGAGGAAGAGAGACGGGACUCUAAAAGAGGCCACCUCAUCUGCAAACCCCUCUCCUUUAUUUGGACCUCGUUGUCUAACAUGACGGACCACAUCUGCCUCACUUUCCAGCUUGGGGUGGGUCCUGCUGGUGCUGGGGACCCAGAACAGAUGGGAUUAGCAGUGACUCUGCUGUGCCCCAUUAAUGAACAUCAUAAAACACAGGAUGGACAAAGAAAACACACAUCUGUACAUUCCAUAUAUUUCUGUCAUUUAAGGAAGCGUUUAUACAACUUUUAUAUAAUGGUCAUUUGUAAUUUAUUAAUCAGUGUAAAAAAAUAAAAUAGCAAACUCUGUCAAAGGAAACACUUGAAAACAGCAUCGGAAACAUGCGAGACUUAAAACUCACAGACACCGAUGCAGGAAGAUGUUUGUACAUCUGUAGUUUUGCUCCAGUUGCUCAUCACAGGAAGCUCAUUACCGUCCCACACAGGAAAGAGACAUUCAUCAUGCUUGAUUGUAGGUAUAACCUAGUAUGUUUACAUCAUGAUUAUCACAUUUUAAUUAGUUUGUUCAUGGUUGUUUUCAUUUACAUCAGUUAUAUGUCAACUCAUAUAUAUAUACAUGUAUGCAUAUGUAAUUAUAUGUGGCCUGAAAUGUUUUAUAUUUUUAUAGCAGGCAUUUUUUUAUAUUAGUGUAGAACUGCAUCCAUGAUUUGCACAGAUUUGUAAACUUUGGAAGCUGUCAGGUUGAGCCACAGUUUGACAGUUUGUUUUAUUUUAUUCUGUUCGGAAUAAUUACACAUAUUCAGUUGUCCUGGUGCACAUUUUGCUAAAGGAAAUAUACGUGUCUGGGCCCCCCUCAUGUGCAUUCAUGCAGUGUCACGGUGCAUAUCUGGUGUGAAUUCAAAGUACAGCUCAGUGUGACAAGAGCAGUGAAGAUAAAACACAUACAUACACAGAAUCGACCAAUGAAGUUUUGAGUCAUAUGGGCAGCCAAUGACAAAGAACCCUGUCUGUCCAGUACAAAGACAUCUGUUAACUCUGUAGGUGUCCCUACAACUGCUUUUGUGUUUGGGGCUGUAGCUCAGCAAAUACAAGUGACAGGUCUUACAUUAUUUGUACCGCCAGAUACUUGGAGCACUAUAGGUUAAUUGAACAGCCUAUCAAAAGCAAAUAUUGAGAUUUGAACCAAUAAGCUUCAGGCUAUAAAACUUAUACAUAGAGAGCUGAAGAGAACUGUCCACAUGCCUCGAGUACGCAGGCGGCUUCCACACAUACAUAUGUCUGUUCUCAGUACAAAGCCUGGAGUGUGUGUGUGUGCGUGUGCGUGUGUGUGUGUGUGUGUGUGUGUGUGUGCGCACACACAUGUGUUGAGUCCCUGUUGACAGGGCCUUCAGAAACAGUUUCCACUGAAAACAUCACACUCCAUUCCCAGAUUGCCAGUCUACCUUGGACCAGUGCUGGGUUACACUGGCUUCAGCACUGCCGGUAUCUGGAAGAUAAACCGAUGUUGCUUCAGCGCCAUGUUUGUUUGGGUCUGCUGCCGGGGGCAGUUACAGCAGAGACGACCACACGCUGGGCCGGUGCACUCCACCAUCUGCUUCAGUGGGCUCAACAUCUUUUUGUGGUCUUAAAACAAGGUGAUACGUUGUUUGGUUGAGAGUAUUAUAUCAUUCUAUGUGGCUGUAAUGUUUUUCUUGAAUGUUCUUUAUCCUGCAUUUUCAUUUUUUGUAACUUUGUUUUUAUAUAGUUUCAAGUAUGAUAAAUGGUAACACAAA